AUGAUACUCACAGCCAUCAUAAUCGCCUGCGUCCCUACCCUCUACCACAUCUUCGCCGGCCUGCACUCUAGCCUAACCACAACCCAGAUCGCCGACGGGAUCGGGCUCGAGCUUCCGCAGACCAAGGCCAGCGGGUGUAUCAACCAAUCCUCCUCGGGAGCAAGCCAGUCGCGGUCGCGGUCGCGUAAACACUCGAGGAAGAAUGGACGGUCAAUGUUUGAAGGAUGGGGAGGUGAGACCGGGGUUGUCAUUGGGGUUGCGUCGGGUCGGUAUUAA